AAGACCAUCGGAGCCUCAAAGAGAACGGAACUGCGUCGGAACUGUGCGUCCAGGAAUCAGGGAGUUGGAGGGACACAUUUGUGCUGCCGGACCUGCAUGGAUUUGGGGGACAGUUAAGCGCGGCGGACCCACUGCCGCUCGUGUUUUUCCUGCUGGGUCGCCGUGGUUACCGCCUGGAGGGGGGCCGCCGGGGAUGAUGAGCGCAGCUCUUGGCAAAGCACUGUGCUUGGCCACGGAAUCCUUUUUGAAAGAAACGUCAGUGCUUAUCAAUCUUGGCUUAAAAGCAUCCAGAAGGAAUCCCAUCUGUUCUGUAGGGAACCCCCUACUUAGCUGCCAGAGGCACUACAGGUCUUGUCCAACCCAUGGCAUUGGCCGGUUCAGGCAUCUGCUUCCACCUCAGGAUCCCAAAGUGGGGAAAAAGUCCUUUGUACAAAUGAAGCCGAUCGUCCCUGGAACAGACCACAGCUACGGAUCCCUGAACAUUGUGAUGACCGGUUGUGACAUGACCGUAGUGGAGCACUACGCUCAGUAUGUCCACAAGUUCUGCAAUCGAAUGUCCAUCAAAGUGGAGGAAUGGUAAGGACCACUGGCUGCCGGCUCAGG